AUGCUAUGCAUAGUAAUAAAACCAUUAAUUGAGGAAGGUGUUAUUGAUCACAGAUAUUACAGGAUAAAAGUAACCCUUGAGCAUCAUUUGACAGCUGAAGCGGCAAUCAAAUACUUGGAGACCAUAUGAAAUGUCAUAGAAGUUAGAAUAGGAAGUGGAAUUGUUGGGGAUGAUGGUGUACUGGUAGUAUUUGUUAAAUUUGAAAAUGAGCAAGCUUUAAAGAUAUCACCGACAACUUGGUCAUAUUGGGAUACAAGUGCAUUAUAGAAAUUGCCCGAGGAUGGCGCUAUAUUGCGCCAUCCUCGGGCAAUUGGAGACACGGCUCCACACGGGAAUUGUGUUCCACGUGUGGAGCCAUUUUUCCACGUGGGAAAAUGUGGAUUCCACACGUGGAAAAAAUGGCUCCACACGUGGAAUACGGUUCCCGUGUGGAGCCAAUUUUCGCUUGCCCUAGGAUGGCGCCAUAUAGCGCCAUCCUAGGGCAAAUCCUAUAUAUCACAUCCCUUGUUGUAUGAAUGCAAGGGGACACUGAGAGAAUGGAUGUGCUAUUGUGAAGGCCUCGAUAAACACGCAACUUACCCAAGAUAAACAGGAUGAUUUCAUUAAACCAGAUCGAGACGCUAUGUAUCGCUGUGAAGUUAAAAUAGCUUCAGUGCAUAGUCACGAGCCUAAAGAUGACACUCAAUCAACUAGCAUUUAA